AUGGGGUCCAUGAAUAUGAUGAAGGGUGUCAGGAAGAACAAUUUGUAUUAUUUGAUUGGAAGCAUGGUGACAGGUGGAGAGCUGACGACUUUUAUUGAUUUGGCUAGACUGUGGUGUUUGAGGCUAGGAUAUUCAAGUCUUGAUUCCGUACAUGGAUUGGUGAGAGGUGCUUUGACCUACAGUUUAAAGACUUAUGAAUAUAUUGGUGUGAGCGAGAAGACUGAGGUAGAGUUUGGCACUUCUAUUCACCGAACGAUUAGCCUUCUAGAUGAUGUUCACAUAGGUGUUUGGGGGCCUUCCAAGGAGGCAUCAUUGUUGUCAUCUGCCACGAUUGAUAUAUUUGGAUCUGGUGGAGCUGCUUCAAAUUUUGGGUUGCUUCGGAUAUUUGGAUGCCUAGCAUAUUGUCACAUCGAGCAUGUAAAGUUUGAUCCGAGUGUACAUUUAGGAUUCAGAGGCAUGUUUGAUUACAAGGUAUGGGACUCUGAUAUUGUUCUGAGCAGUAGUGUCACAUUUGACUCUCAGCAGAUGGAGAGUGUUGGACAGAUCAUAAGCUUGAGCUCCAAGGCAGAUUUGGUGUGGAGAGAUGCAAGUUUGGAAGAUAGUUCAUCUUUUCACUUUGAGACCAUUGGGAGAGUUAUCAGCUGCAGAUUGGUUGGUGAUGAUCUUGAAGACCCCGAUCGUGGCGGUGGCUUCAACGACGAUGACGUCGAUGGUGGAACUACAGUAACAUCCGCCUUGGCUGCCUCCAAAUAUCACGAGCUCGUCAAAGGACGCGGAUAUGCUACACAUGACUCACAGCCACAUGAUACAGGAUGUGGAGAUGCUCCACAUGACGUGGAGACACAGGCUGAUCCUACACAGCAUGCUGAGAUACCGUCGCUGCCGCAUGCAGAUGUAUUAGAAGAGCGGAAAUUUGUGCAGUAUAGCACAGCUGUAGAAGCUGCGGCGCUACCGCCAGAUUCUAUUACGGAUCAGCGAGUCCAUGGUCCGGCCAAGGUGAAGGAGGAUUGGGAUUCUUAUCAUGCUUUGCGCCCUAUCGCGCAGCAUAGGUACGAACAAGCAAGGUGUAGAUGCCUCGAACUGAAAGGUACCGGGCGACCUCCUAGGCGCGGUCGCAGUGCUACUAGGGAACAGAGCUUCAUCCCUGAUAUUCAUCGGAGGGCCGUGAUCCGAUGGGAAAACGGAGUGUCUGUCGGGGCCUUUGCCAAUGCUUUCAACAAUUUCCUCGCCUCUUUAGCCAGGAGACAUGAUUUCUUCAAUAUUUUUUUGACGUGGAAGUCACAGCGGAUUAAUGCGCUGGUGGCUUGUUGGAGAUAUAUAUGUCGAUUUUUCUUUCUUGACGAUAAUAUUUGUGCCUGGACUUACUGCUUCGCGCAAAUCAAUCUAUCGUUCAAGAGAUGGCGGCUUCAGGUGAAGAAAAAAUAUUUUGUUCAAAUAACAGAAGAUUGGCAGCGCUUCUGGCAUCUUGACGAGCGCGUAGAUAGAGUAGAUUUUUUUGUACUUUGUGAUUACUGGGACACGACUGUAAUUCAGGCUCAAGCUAAAAUAGUAAGGAGGAACCGCAACAUGCCCCACAGUUACGAGCAUCACGGGGGCUCCAGGUCCUUCAACCAACAUUAUCAUCAAUUGGAGCUUGAGGAGAAAUUACAUGCCAAGGUACAGGAGCAAAUGUCUCAGUCUCAGGUCGGUUCUAACACUCUUGCCCGGCUAAGUAGAGAGGAUGACUCCAUCAUCAAGACGGUCAUUGGACCAAGUAGGAAGAACAGAUAUCAGUGGAGAGGAUCCGAGCAGAGACCGCACGAGUCUAGUAGCACCUGCGAGUCUGCAGCACCACCCAGAACACCAGGAAGCAGUUCAUAUCAAGACUCGAUGGAGCAGCGGUUGAAAGCGAUUGAAGAUUGGCAGUCGCAACAAAAAACAUAUCAGCGGAUUGCGGAGGAAGAACGGAGGCGCCGGGAGCAGAGAGAAUUGGAGUUCACACAGUUCAUAUCGACUCUGCCUCAGGAGGCUUAGGAGGCAUAUAUGAGACGGUUUAUGUCGGAUCAGGCCGGGACUUCUACAUAAGGUGCAGCCGGGGGUAGUCACAGUGCAGCUGGUGUUGAGGAUGAUGAUGAUGAUCAGGAGGAUUGCUUGUAAUUAAUUUAACUUUGAAAACAAUUUCUUGUGUUGUAUAAA